GCCCGCUCUCCCCUAUGUGCCGGCACAGUGCAGACAGAGGUUGUAAACAUGGCGGCGGACGGGAUGGUUCUCACCAACCACGACCAUCAGACCCGCGUGGGGAUCCUGACGGUCAGUGACAGCUGUUUCAAGAACUUGGCUGAGGACCGGAGUGGAGUCAACCUGAAGGACCUGGUCCAUGAUCCCUCACUGCUAGGAGGAUUCAUAGCGGCCUACAAGAUAGUUCCAGAUGAGAUUGAUGAAAUCAAGGAUACUCUUCUGGAGUGGUGCGAUGAACAGCAGCUCAAUCUCAUUCUCACUACUGGAGGAACCGGAUUUGCACCACGAGAUGUUACACCUGAGGCCACCAGAGAGGUGAUAGAGCGAGAGGCUCCGGGUAUGGCUCUCGCCAUGCUGAUGGGAUCACUCAACGUCACACCACUAGGCAUGCUGUCCAGGCCAGUGUGUGGCAUUCGUGGCAAGACCCUGAUCAUCAACCUGCCAGGGAGCAAGAAGGGCUCUCAGGAGUGUUUUCAGUUCGUCCUGCCCGCUCUGCCCCACGCCAUUGACCUGCUGCGUGAGGCUGCCGUCAGGGUGAACACCACUCACGCCGCCCUGGAGCAGCUGCCCUCCCCCUCCCCCCUGCUGGCCAACAUGCACAUCGACGCACACAUCAACAUGCACACCAUGGAGCGCGGCACCCAGUGCGAGGAUGAGGAAGAGGAAGAGGAGGAGGAGAGGAUGCGGGGUCCACACGUGCACAACCAUCACCACCAUCACCACCACCAGCAUGGUUCCUCCCACAUCACCGCAGCUGCCAUCGCUGCCAAGACAAGCCAUGCAGCGGUCAUGGCUAAGGGCGGUCCCUACCUGCUCGGAAACACGCCCGCCCCGCCCACUCAUUUCACCUGCUCCUGCUCCCAUGACCAGCAGAUCCCGGACUCUAUCAUUUCUCGAGGCGUUCAGGUGCUUCCUCGAGAUUCUGCCUCUUUAAGCUCCACCCCUUCUGAGUCACCACGGGCAACACAGGCCACCUCCCGCCUUUCCACCGCCUCAUGCCCGACACCCAAGGUUCAGUCACGAUGUGGCAGUAAUGAGAACAUUCUGAGAGCCAGCCACAGUGCGGUGGACAUCAGCAAGGUGGCACGUCGUCAUCGCAUGUCUCCGUUCCCGUUGACGUCAAUGGACAAAGCCUUCAUCACUGUUCUAGAGAUGACACCUAUUCUGGGAAUUGAAGUCAUUAACUACCGAGACGGUUUGGGUCGUGUGCUCGCUCAGGACAUCUAUGCCAAAGACAACCUUCCUCCGUUCCCUGCUUCCGUUAAAGACGGCUACGCUGUACGAGCUGCUGACGGCCCCGGAGAUCGCUUCAUCAUGGGAGAAUCACAGGCCGGACAACAGCCCACACACACAGUGAUGCCGGGCCAGGUGAUGAGGGUGACGACCGGGGCUCCGAUUCCCUGUGGAGCCGACGCCGUGGUCCAGGUGGAGGACACGGAGCUGCUGAGGGAGUCUGAGGAUGGCACAGAAGAGCUGGAGGUGAGGAUUAUGGUCCAGGCCCGGCCCGGACAGGACAUCAGGCCCAUAGGUCAUGACAUCAGGCGAGGGGAGUGUGUGUUGGCCAAAGGGACACACAUGGGCCCGUCAGAGAUCGGCCUGCUGGCCACAGUGGGAGUGACCGAGGUCAGCGUGCACAAGUUCCCCGUGGUGGCCGUCAUGUCCACCGGAAACGAGCUGUUAAAUCCAGAGGAUGACCUCCACCCAGGGAAAAUCCGAGACUCCAACCGCUCCACCCUGCUGUCCACCAUCCAGGAGCACGGAUAUCCCACCAUCAACCUGGGCAUCGUCGGAGACAACCCUGAUGACCUGCUGUCAGCUCUCCACGAGGGAAUCAGUCGUGCCGAUGUCAUCAUCACUUCAGGGGGGGUGUCCAUGGGAGAGAAGGACUACCUCAAACAGGUGCUGGAUAUUGACCUUCACGCUCAGAUCCACUUUGGACGAGUCUUUAUGAAGCCAGGUCUUCCUACUACCUUUGCCACAGCUGACAUCGAUGGAAUACGGAAACUCAUCUUUGCUCUGCCAGGGAACCCAGUGUCUGCUGUAGUGACAUGUAACCUGUUUGUGAUUCCUGCUCUGAGGAAGAUGCAAGGCAUUCUGGACCCCAGACCUACAAUUAUUAAAGCUAGGCUUUCCUGUGACGUGAAGCUGGAUCCCAGACCAGAGUACCACCGCUGUAUUCUCACCUGGCAUCACCAGGAGCCACUGCCCUGGGCACAAAGCACAGGCAACCAAGUCUCCAGCAGGCUGAUGUCAAUGCGUAGCGCCAACGGUCUGCUGAUGUUGCCUCCCAAAACGGAGCAGUACGUGGAACUGCACAAGGGAGAGGUGGUGGACGUCAUGGUCAUCGGACGGCUAUGAUGCAGAAUACUUUCUCCCCAGACUUCAAUGUCACUCGCUACCGAUUACCAUGGCAGUGCCAGGACUUCCUGUCUGGACAGGAAACGGGCGGGGGCAGGAAGUGAUGCAUGUCUACCUGGUCGCCAUUAGCUGUGAUGUCAUAUGCAACAGCCAAUCGGAAGCCAGCGGAGGCUGAAACCUCAUUGGUCUGCUCUGAGGAGAUCACUGUAUUUCAAUGGAGAAAAAAAAAUGUGAAAAAAAAAAUAUAUAUAUGAAAAUACAAGAUUUAUUCUGUAAUAUUAUUAUUAUUAUCCUGAUGAUAAUGAUUAUUAAUAUUCUUAAUUAAUAUUCUAUUUAUUAUUAUUAUUAUUAUUAUUAUCAUGGUUCUGAUUGAAUAUUAUCAUCUUAGUAGUAAUCAUUGCCCUCUUCUCUCCUGUUCAUUUGCUUUGUGCGUUUGAUAUUUUUCCCUGGUAGAUAUAGAUAUAUAGAGACUUUCUCCUCCUCUCCUCUCCUCCUGAUCUUUAAUCCUUUUAUAUCCCCCUUCUUUCGCUCUUCUUCUUCUCCUUCUUUUCUGCGCUGGCAUCCUCUACCUAGAUAUAGAAACUCCUUGAUAACCCCCCCUCUCUGCAGUAUCAUUACAUCUACACCCGGAACACACUGACCCUAACAUCAGUAUUGACAGAAAUAUGAACUUAAGGCUUAUAAAGACAUCUUUUUUUUUUUUUUUUUUAAAUGAAGCUGCUAAUAUAGUUUGUGCCAGUACAGUAAAUAUGACUUGUUUUUGCCAAAAAAAAAAAGAGGAAAGAAAUCUAAGGAUAUUUGUUAACGAACUUUUUUUGUUCCAGAUAUAACAUUUCCAACCAUACUGAAACACUAAAACUCAUCAUGACUCUCAAUGAAAGCCAUGGAAGUAUUUAAGGUGGGUCAGUAGCUCGGCUUUAAGGCAGAGCGAGGUGGAACUGGAUGAGUGAAUCCUCUCUCGCCACGCUGGAAUCAUUUCUGAGGUCUGACAUCAGAUAUGAAUAUAAAUGAUAUGAUAAAAUACAUAAUGGCUUCUACGAUCUGUAGUCAGGGAGAAAACCUCUGUAAAAUCCCAGGUGGGCCUCGUAGACAGUAUUACACAAACGUGACUGCGACUUGUUCAAACCAUAAAACAACAGUACAAAAUUUGAAACACUCUUUGAUAAAUGUGAUAUUUUGCAUUUUUACAACUAUUUGCGAUAAUCUAUGUUGUCUCAUUGUCAACAAAUUCCCAUAAAAUGACCAAUGAAGUUCAUUAGUGAGGAUUGUGUGCUCGUUUCCAGUCUUUAUGCUAAGCUAACCAGCUAAUGGCAUUAGCUUCACAUUAAGUGUGCAGACAUGAGAGUGGUCAUGUUGAUAAAUCAAUCUUUUUAUCUGACUUUGGUGUUUACCAAAACAUCUAACUAUAUAAAAACUUUUAUAAAAGUCUGAAUAGCUAUAAUUAAAAAAAAUAAAAAUAUAUAUAUAUAUAUAAAAGUUAUUUCAUAAAACAGAUGGGAUUAUUUUAGCCACGGAUUAUUGUACACAUGGUGCUCCUGUGAGUAUUUUGGGACAGCAGGAUGGUGUAUGUGGGAUCGAGUCAAAAUAAACUACAGUGGUACAGUUUUGAUGAGACUGGAGCUCUGUGGCUCAGAGAAGUUAGCCUUAUUAGGGGAAACACACACACAAUCAAUUGUUGGUUUGGGUCUUCUGGUAUCAUUUGUUGACAGCGAGAAAAUAAAAAAACAUGAUCAGAUUAUCUUUAAAGUAGCCAGAGAUUGAUAACCAUACCUUGUUGACAUCUGGUCUCAAAGGUCGGCUACUGUUCAGCCAAUCAGACGCCUCAUUCUCUUAUUCACACCGCACAACAUGAUAUCGAUAUCGUUUCCCCCCCCCGACUCAGACAAAACUCCAACCCGACAUCGCCUGAAAAGCAGGGUGUCGCGUUCAGGUGCUCGUAAACUACACGACCGGUGUAUUCUACCACGACAGUGUUUCAGGUGCUCAUCAAAAGUCAAAAGAAUGGAAUGCAGUUCAAGGCUGUAAAAUAGACAAAAUCACUUGACUGCUUUUCUCUCAACUGUACUGUACAUAGUCUGAGCAUCACUGGAAGAAAACCUUGUUUGAUAUUUAGCCCACAGUGAAAGCUAAGUUUACUAUUAGCGUUAACAAAGUAGUAUGUUGGUUGGCUGCUGUAUCCUGCUGAUUAAACACUAAAUUGUUUACCGAUUACCAAGGACCGUUCAAAUGCAUCAUAUGCAAUCUGUGAGUCCCAAGCAUUCACCAAUGCACCAUACCUUACUUAACUCUGAUUCUUCCUAUCAGUGUGCUCAGUACCAAACAAACCCACAUGGUCAAAGGUUGAAUGCUGCAUUCAGGUCAUGUCGGAAUAAUGGUACAAAACAAACUGGUACUUGUCUGAAUUGAAUGGUACUUAAGAGGACAUAAUUGACGUUUUACCCCAGAUGUUGGUUGCUGCCGCUGAUCUUCACGCUUCAUUUACCCCCAGAGAUACUAGGCCUCGUCUACUAUCUUUCCUCUAUGACCUCAAUGCAGCACCGGGCAGAACAUCUGAGCUUUGACCCCCCUCUCCUGAUAGGCCGACGCAGUCUUCCUCCACCCGUCCCCUCCCACUCCUCUUCAUCUUCCUUUCUUCCUCCCCCUCCUCCUUCUCCACACUUGCAUGCCCAUAAAGGUGAGGGGGGGGGCGUGUCUUUCUCUUUGGGCAGGUCUCAUUCCAGGCGUGAGACGAGGGUGCAGCACCUGGGCGGGGCUUCUGAUCUGACUAUGUCACUUUUUGUGGCAGUUCUCGACGCGAUCAUUGGUGCGAACGAAAAUAGUUUUUUUUCAAAGUCCAGGCUCUGGUACCAACACUGUCUUCUCAUUUAUCCCUCUAGCUCAGAUGUCAGAAACUUCCCAGUUACCUCAAAUGCACCAUAUAUCAGCGGCUCAUGCUGGGUUCAUGUCAUGGGUGAGAAAAUGGAAGAACAUGGUGACUUUUAAGCAAUGGUAAUCCAUUCAGUCGAAGGACCACAUCCAAAUUAAAAUGAAAAAGUAUUUGAUUAAAACACUCUCCGCGUUUAUGUAUUCUGCAGCUCAUAUUUACGAUAAGCCGGUCACGACAUGAACGCAGCAUCAGAGCACGUCCUGCCACCUGCCCAAGGAGGACCAUUCAAACCCAGAUAGAUCCAUUUGAGUAAGAAGAAGCAGGUUAUUGUUAAACUGCCUUUGUACUGAGUGAUUCGUAACACUGGACUGAACUCAGUGUCACACUGCACACACUAUAAACUAUGACCAGCACUUGUAAUGAAGCAAUGACACAGCAUUCUACUACUACUGUAUAAAUAUAAUGAAAAGGAUGUUUUUUUCUGUAAUGAUAUUAUUGAAACUGAAGAUGAAUUAAUAAAAAAUAAUCCUGA